AUGCACGCCUCAACUCUCCUCUCCCUUCUCCCUCUCCUCGCAGUAUCCUCCGCUGCCCCAAUGGACGACGUCAAGCGCGCCGUAUCCGCAAGCUGCCCCUCCUACACCAUCAUCAACACGCGCGGCACAGGAGAAGCCCAAGGACCAUCCGCGGGCUUCAGGACCAUGAACGGACGCAUAAUUGCCGCGCUGUCCGGGGGCAAAAUCUACAACACCGUCUACCCCGCCGGUGUCGACCAAUACUCCGCAGCAGGGACCCAAGAUAUCAUCAACAAGAUUACCAGCACGCUUGCAUCGAGCCCCAACGAGUGCUUCAUCCUCGAGGGCUACUCCCAGGGCGCGGCGGCUACCGUCAACGCCAUGCCGAGACUGACAGGCGCGAACCUCAAUGCCGUCAAGGGUGUGUUUCUCAUCGGCGACCCGGCGCACAAGGCUGGGUUGACGUGCAAUGUGGACAACAACGGCGGCACGACGACACGCAACGUCAACGGUCUGUCUGCGAGGAUUGGGACGACGAUUCCGAGCAACUGGGUGUCCAAGACGCUCGACGUGUGUAUUCUCGUGAGUGCUUUUCUUCUACUCGACAUGUUUACUCCAAGGCGGAGGAACAGCACACUGACAAGAUACUUCAGGGUGAUGGUGUAUGCGACACUACGAACGGCCAGGGCAUCAACGCACAGCAUCUGCAGUACCCCAACGACACGCCCACGCAGAACCUGGGUACCAGUUAUGUCACCAAGCAGUUGGGAGGCUCAUAAACUUACGAGUCGAGUUGGUGGUUGGUUUUUCUUUUCAACAUCAUGUAUACAUAGAUAUACAUCACUUUGCAUGCAUUCUGCCAUAUGCACACCGACAUAA